AGUUCUUUCUUACCGAACAAGCGACAUGUUGCACUUACUUCCGGUGCUGGUUUCAGCUUCCUUAUUGUUUAUGUAAGCUAUUUCAAGGGUUAAAUCGUGACAAAGAUGGAGAAACGUGGUAGAACAAGAAGCUAAAGUGCGCCAUGAUUAAGUCAAGUGGCUCCUGUAGUGUAAUAUGUUCAAAAAGAUGACUGAAUUCGGUCCAGAUUCCGGGGGGCGCGUUAAGGGAGUGACCAUAGUGAAACCCAUUGUGUUUGGGAAUGUUGCCCGCUACUUUGGGAAGAAGAGAGAGGAAGAUGGACAUACCCAUCAAUGGUCUGUUUAUGUGAAGCCUUACAGAAAUGAGGACAUGUCUGCCUACGUGAAGAAAAUCCAGUUCAAGCUACAUGAAAGCUACGUUAACCCACUAAGAGUCGUAACAAAGCCUCCGUAUGAGAUUACAGAGACAGGCUGGGGAGAGUUUGAGAUCAUCGUCAAGAUAUUUUUUAUGGAUCCUAAUGAAAGACCUGUAACUUUGUAUCAUCUCCUGAAGCUGUUUCAGUCAGAUUCCAGCGCCAUGCCCAAGAAAACUGUAGUCUCUGAGUUUUAUGAUGAAAUGAUAUUUCAGGAUCCUACCGCCAUGAUGCAACAGCUGUUGACCACAUCAAGACAACUCACUCUUGGACCCUAUAAGCAUGAGACAGAGUUCAGUGAGCUGGAGCAGAGGACAAAGGAAAAACUGGAAGCGGCAAAGAAAAGAACCAGCCAAGAGAUCACGGAGCUAAAAGACAAACUGAAAGCCAGCAGAGAAAACAUUAACCACCUGAAGGCUGAGAUCCGGAAGCUGGAGGAGGAUGGCGAUCACAAAGACCACUAAGAUGCUGAAAAGUUGAUUGAUUUGCAUCUUUAGUGCCUCCGCUUUCUUCGUUGAAUCCAAAAUGGUACUUUAGGUUUGGCUCUUAGGUAGCAACUGUUUAACAUUUUUAAGUUUUUGUUUAUUUUUUAAGGUGUGAUUUGGGCUUAGUUUAUCCAUUUGUUAUGAAACAAAGACAAACACAAGCAAUCUAAAAGCUGUCAUAUUGAAGUGUUAAUAUGAGGUCCUCUGUCAGCACUGGAAAUUUGUGGAAACGGUGUGUCCUUUUUAAAGAAAAGGCCUCUGUUAUAAACGUUUGUGAAUUAUUUGUCGUUUUCAUUCUGAUGUGUUCAUUUUUAUACAAAAUAAACAUUUUACAGUA